UAAUAUAUUAUCGUUCUCUCAUUCAUAUUGAUUUAAAGUUCUUGUGGAAUUGAUCUUAACAAUGACUCUCAAGUGCUGAUAAUCAAACUUAAUUAUGAAUAUCUUUUCAAAUGUAAUUGUGUAGCUUAUGAUUGUCAAAAAUGCCAAUUAGACAAAAAAAAACACUCCAAUUGAUUGAUUAUCAGAGCGAUUAGUUAGAAACACUCAUAGUAGAUGUCAUCACAAACAUUUGUUUACUUUUUUCAUUCACUGGAAUUAUUUAAUUUACUUUAAUUGUCAAACUAUUUUCCACCUUAAUUGUUAUCAUUUUGUGGUCCAAAUGUUUAUACGUAAAUUGUUUUUCGGCAAUAGCAACAGUAGGACCAAAGAAAUUGAGGAAACGUCAAGUAAAUGGCAGAAUAAACUUCAUUUGGCUCAAAUUAACCCCGAGCCCAAUUUAGAUCUAACCGAUUGUGGCCUUAAAUGUCUUCCUAAAGGGAUCUACAGUCAGUGUCGCAUUUUUCACAAAAAUCGUUUGCUUCUCAAUGACAAUUGUUUGUCAACUCUACCCGAUGAUGUUGAUAAUUAUCUGGUCGAUCUAAUUGACUUAUGUACUUUCUUGAAUCUUUCCAGAAAUCAACUGAAUUGUCUUCCACCAAAUUUAGGUAAAUUAGUCAAUUUAAAGGAAUUGUAUUUAACUCAUAAUAUGAUUAAAUGUGUUCCUCAAUCUUUUGUCCAUAUGAAAUCUCUGGAAACAAUUGACAUAAGUCACAAUCAACUUAAUCAAUUUCCUAGUGUCUUUUGUGAGAUGGUGAAUCUUAAGCACAUUGAUAUAUCUUACAAUCAGUUGAUUACUCAACUUCCAUUUACAAUUUGUAACCUAAUCAAAUUGGAAAAGCUCUUAAUCAUCGGGACUAAUAUUAAACAUCCACCUAAACGAGUCUGUGAUCAAGGAAUUGAAAGUUUAACCAAAUUUUUCAAGAGUGAACAAUUAGCAAACUAUAAAGUUAAACCUAUGGAAACAAAUUAUGUCCCCGAUCAAGUGAUAACUGAAUCGAAACCUUCAACUGAAGAUAAUUUGAAGUCUUAUUUAGCUAAAAAGGAUGAUCGUAAGAAACGGUUAAUUGAAUUCGAGAAAAAUUUACUUUGUGAAAAUAAAUCAAUGGAAAUUUCGAAUCGUAAAAUGAUUGAUAAAAGACAAGAAACACUGAUGAAGAUGAAAAAAGAUCAGCUGAUGUUACAUAAAGGAUUAGAAUCAUUUUUGCAAAAAGUAGAAGAUAAAUCAAGUAUCGUAAAAGCAUUAGCUUUGAUUGAGGAACAUUCAUCCCAAUUAGUUGAACAAUUAAAGAAUCUUCAACCGCGAAUUAAACACUCAACUGGUGAUCAUGAAGAUACAGAUGAAUUUACGAUUAUCAAUCAUGACCAAUCAUUUGAUUCUCUGGAAGAGAAGCUUCGACAAUUCAUGAUUUCCAAGGAUUUAACCAAAGAAUCACUACAAUCAGAGUUAAUCAAGGAAGAUGAAAAUCUAAUUAGUGCGAUUCGUAAUUUCGUCAACAUGAAAAACACUCAGACUCUUAUUCUGUCAGAGCAAAUUAGACUAAUCGAACAUGAACUUUAUCAUUUAACCAGAGCUGAAAUUCAGCGUCAAAAAAAUAAUCUUGACCAACAAACGACCAACAUAAACGGACAACGAGUGGCCUUAGCAUCGUUAUUGAAAGAUCUUAUUGAUGAGCGAAAUAGUAAAAUUAAUCAACGAGAAAAUGAUUCUUCACUUUUACCAAACUUUAUCGAAAGAUUAACAUCAUCAAUGAUCAACAAUCAAUCUAAUGAAUGUUCCGAUAAAGAAACAGAAAAUUUAGAUCCACAUUUAAAUCAAUUAUUAGAUGAAUUAGAAUCAUCAUUAAGUCAACUAUACUUACCUCUAUUAACUGAUACGUCGAUGUCGAUUCAACAAUUAGCAGAUUCAACCAAUGAUCAACUUAAAUCACUUGGGAUCAAAGAGGAACAUAUUCCAAUAAUUAGAAAACACAUCGAUAUUUGUUUACCAACGAAACAAUCAAGUCCACCAAGUACUUCAUCAGUUGAUCAUAAACCAAGUGCUCCGCCGAUGAAGUUAUAUCAGCUCAUUGAGUGUGUGAUUUGUUUGGACGAACAGAGUAAAAUCAUCCUGAUUCCCUGUGGUCAUGUUUGUACUUGCGAAGAUUGUUCAAAAUCGUUGGAAUUGUGUCCAUUAUGUCGAAGUGAAAUCAGCGAAAAGAUCCAAUCCAUUCAACUUAAUUAGAAAAAAAAAUUCUUUCAUAAUAAAUUUAGAUGAAAAUCAGAAUUUUUUCAUUCAAUAAUCCAAUUGAUCUAACUAUCAUUAAUAGUUAAUUUAGAUCGAUCAGAAAACAAUGAAAAAACAUGAAAGUAAUCAUUGAGUUGAUCAAAUCAUGUUAACUUUUCAUGAAGUUCAAGUUUAGCGAUCAAAAUUUCUUGAAUAUUUUAUCAACCAUGAUUAAGUUGAUUAGUUAAAGUUUUCGAAAACAAUCAAGUAAUUAAAUGAUGUAAACAACUCAUCGAAAGUAAAUGUCAAGUAUUAAUAACAGUUAAUCAAACUUUCCACAUCAUUUGAUUGGAAAUGAUUAGAAUAUGAGAGAUUAAAAUUAAAAGAAAGUAAACAAACAAUUGA